UGUGAAUCGCGCCAUCUAGCUGGUUAGAUGUUACGAAGUCUUUUUGAAAACUCUUUUCAUAUGGUUUGUCAAGGCAAUAACAUAAAAGUAAAAAUUAUAUCUUAUGCCUCCAAACGUAAACAUUGGGUUAAAAACGUCUUGAUUGAUCGGUGAUCAAUACAACUGUUUUUAUCUCAUCCAGUUUUUAACUCAUUUUUCCUUGCUGAUUAUGAUGGGUGACAAUAAUAGAAAGGAGCAACCUUCAAGUACUGGAUACCAAAUGAAAUUUCUCAGUCUAAAUAGAGAUGGUAGAAGUGCUUUCACUCCCUACAGACCCUCAACCAUACUGACAAAUCUUCAGCGAGGGAAUAUUAAAACUCAAAGUAUACGUGAGAUACCAGAAAGAACAGUCUUUGAAUUGGCUGCUCAAGGAGAACUCUAUUUAAGUCAUCUUGGUGCUGGUGGAGUUGAUCAAGUUGACGAGAAUGGCUUUACACCCUUAAUCUGGGCCUCAGCAUAUGGUCAGUUACCUACUGUAAAACUAUUGAUUGCUGAGGGUGCUAAUCCAAGAAUUAAAGGGAAAAAUGGUGAAACUGCGCUCUCUUUUGCUGCCGCCAAUGGACACAUUCAUGUUCUUCGGUAUUUACUAGCUCGAGAUGUUAAUGUUGACGAUUACGAUGAGGAAGGAAACACUGCAUUAAUGUAUGCAGCUUUUAAUAAUCAUACACUAUGUGUCCACGAACUGUUGAAGGCUAAAGCUGACCUAACCAUUCAAAAUAUCAAUUUAGAAACUGCAUUCAGUAUUGCUGCGACCAGAAAAUCGAAACAAGUCCAGAUAAUUCUUGAACGUCACAUAUUGAACAUAUUUUCCGAAGAGCUGAUCUGAUGAUGUCUACCAAAUGCAAAUUACUCAUCUCUGUAAAAACAACAACUCAAUGUAUUUGCAACCAAAAUCUCAUGUACAUGUGAACAGUUUUAUAAUUGUUUGAUCACAAACAAUUUUUAAUGUUUACUCAUUACUCCUCACUCUGUGACAAUUUGCCUCCUUACUAUCAUCGUUAGGUUUGUAGUGUAGUGGUAAUCACGUUUGCUUCACACGCAAAAGGUCCCCGGUUCGAACCCGGGCAAACCUAGAUAGAUCUUUUAUUUUUGUAAUCUAAUUGACCCAAUUGUGUCCGAUUUUACACAUUUUAUUCUUACAUUUUGUAAUAUCCGCUGAGUUGGCGAAUGUGUCCGCUUUAGAUGUCAUAGUGACAGAAUACGCUGCUGAAGAAGCGAAAUUAUUACACAGAAUUUUUAAUCACGCAGAUUUUUUCAUCAGUAUCAUAUACACCUUGUAGUAACCUUGAUUCAGACAAUCAUUCCAGAGUUAGUCUUUUCUAGAGACCGAUCUGGAAAUUAAUUUGGUACAACAAGACCAUCUAAAGACCAACAGCAUCAUUAACGGUUCAUUUACAUACCUAUUUUUUGAUAUCUAUUCAAGUGUGAUGGGAAAAUUACAUAAAAUUGAAUUUGUAAUUGCUACUGUAAUUAUCUAAUUCCAGUAGAAAUCAAA